GUCUAAUAACUCAGGCAAAACCCUUCAAACAUACUAAGUUGUCAUAGAAAUGUGGGCCUCCUUGGUGCUCGCUCUUGCCCUCGCUGUUAGGGCAUCAGACACUAACAACGACAUGACUAACAAUGACACGGCGAUUGACGAAAAGCUUGUUAUAGCCAGAGGUAAACUGCUGGCUCCCAGUGUGGUCGGAUGAGGCAUAAAGAAAAUGCCAGAGCUCCAUCAUUUUCUCAUGGAGCGCUGGGCUUUAUACCACAACUUGGAAUAUGAUUCAUCGGAGGAGAAGAAUCCACGUCUGAUAUUCUAUAAUGAAAAGGACGAGGUUGUAAAGACUGUUCCCGUGAAGAAAAUGAAGGCGGACGAGAUCAGCAGCCUGUUAGACUCACUCGGUUUCUUCAAGAGGUCCCAGAAAGGGGAAGAGGUGCCAGAGGAGUUCCAGCAUUUCCCCCUUCGUGCCCCAAGGGAUGAGCUGUGAUGACACCUUGUGGCCAAACUUUGCCACUGCACCCCGGCCACAUUAAUGACGAGUGGGGCCCCAAGGCCAAAACGAUAAGCCAGGCACCAUUCUGAGGACUCGCUGGCCAAGUGCAGCGUGCAGUGUGUUAGUCAUUGUUGUGUCACUCUGUUUAUAUGCUGAAUUUAAAUAAAAAGGCGGUAAAACACCAUAA